CUAGGGUGCGCAUGCGCGUUCCGCUUGUUCUGAUAUCCGGCUUUCUUAUGCUGGUCCCUCGAUGGUUUUUGCUCUGUGGCAGAACUGGAUAACAAGCGAAAUGAUGGCAUUAUUAAAGUUAUUAACUUGAUUUGAUGAUCGUGGGACGAGUGUAAUGUUUGGAUCUUGAUGGAUGUGUGUCAUAGCGCGUUUUUAAAAGCUUUACUGUAGCAGGAGCUCGCGCAGCAGCCGCGGUCUGAGAUGAUGGCGCCCACAAAGAUGAAGCUGCGUGUGAGGAAGAAGGAGAAAGCCUCAGUGAAGUCGUCUCAGCAGCAGCAGCAGCAGCAGCAGCAGCAGCCGCUCCGUCCCGAGACGUCCCCGGACUCGAAGUGUCCGAUCUGCCUGGACCGCUUUGUGAACGUGGCGUCUGUGGAGCGCUGCCUGCACCGUUUCUGCUUCCGCUGCAUCCGCGAGUGGGCCAAGAACAAAGCGGAGUGUCCGCUGUGCAAGCAGCCGUUCCGCUCCAUCUUCCACUCGGUGAAGGCUGAGAACGACUUCAAAGAGUUCGUGGUGCUGGAGGACAACACGCAGAGCGCGACCACGUCGGCUUCAGCGACUGUUACAAUGACUGCAGCAGCGAUAGCGGCGACCCCCGCUGGCCAAAACGACGCUGAAAGCACAGCGACACGAACUCGGCGUUCCAGAGCAACGAGGACCAGGCAGAGGCGGAGUCAGAGAGCUCAAGACCCCGCCCCUUCUGCUUCCUCGAUAGAUGGCGUAGCAUUGGACCACGCGACGUUGAUGCAGCGAGAUCCAGCGUGCCUGCGACAGCUGCUGCCAUGGCUACGCCGCGAGCGAGUCAUGGGAACCAAUCCCAGUGAGCUCCGCCCCUUCCUGCUGGCACGCACUGACCACAUCCUGCACGAGCUGGUGAGCUUUGCACGCUCCAUCGAGGCCAUGCAGUGUCCUCCGGCCCCAAGCUACGAGGAGGACAGCGGCUCCCAGUCCUCCAUAAUCAACAUCUCAGAGGACGACGAUGAUAGCGAGGAAGCAGAUGUCACCGAGGACAACCCCCAGGAUCGCGCACCCCCGGUUCCCAUGGCAACUAGUAGCGAAAUCUCUCUCAGCCAAUCCGCCUGGGACGACGAGACUCCAGGCCCCUCCUACUCCACCCUCAGCCAUCCACAAACGGAGGAAGUCCAGCCUGACGGGAACCAAUUAGAAGGAACCAACGCAGCCACGGAACAGCGGGAACACAACGAUGAAGAGGAAGAGUGUAUGAUCGUGGGUUACGUGAAGCCGAUGGCUGAACGGACUCCAGAACUCGUGCAGCUCUCAUCUGACUCCACUGAGGAGGAGGAGCAGGAGCAGGGGAGGAACGAGGCAGCUGCCACGGAGACCGUAAUGAAGGCGGAGUCGUCGGUGCCAUCUCACGAGCAGGCUCCACUCUCUCCGAAGCCGUAUCCCUCCACCUCCCACACGGAGACAGGAGAGAACCUGGAGCAGUCGCGAGAGCAAGAUGCUGGGAAGCACUCGCGUCACAGGAGGAAGGAACACACUCCGAGGCGUGGCUUCAGGAAGCCGUCACGCUCGCUUUCAGGGUCACGUUCCCAGACGAGUAGUGAGAGUUCUCCCCAGAGUGGACAUUCUGUAAAAAUCAGCAGAUCCCAUGUGAGGUUGAGCUGCCGAGAGCCAAGGAGGCAGGGUCACCACUUAUUAGGGCGGAGCCCCACCGCUUUCGCCGAAAGAGACGGCUCAUCUUCAGAGGACCUCGUUCAAACGCGUUCCCUUUCUACACGAGACAGAUCAUCCAAGCCUUUCUCGCCAUGGGAUUCGCCCGGGCACGACGGCGAGCGCAAGAGGAAGAGGAGGAAGAGGAGAAGAGAGAGAGAAACCGAGAGGAGUAGAUCUCCUCAUCGGGAGUCACGGCAUCGCCACGGUGACCGCGAGCUCUGGCUUCGCAGCAGCAGCAGCAGCAGCGAUGCGGGUUCACGUCGGGAAAAACCUGCUGGGAAACGCAAAUACAAAACGCGGCACCUGGAGAGAACGGCUCGCCGGCGGAGCAGCAGGAAGUCGAGGGAGAGGGAACGAAGUCCGAGCGUGGAGAUCAUCUUCGAGCGCCGGGCCUCUGAUACACACUCGAGGGACAGGAGGCGCAAAAGGAGGAAUCGGAGAAAAGAGAGAGAGCAGAACUCGCCUACUAUUAUCACUAUAGACAGCGACAGCAGCAGCGAUCACACCGGUCAGAACCGUCAUACGCAGGCUAACAGACACACCGCUGACUAUCGGAACCGGCUACCGGACAAUGACAAAGACGACGUAGCUAAUGAUCACACCGUCGACUAUCAGGAUGGCACCGCUGACGACAACGAGCGCAUUACGGACUUCAGCGAUCACACCAUUGAUUAUCAGGAACGUCUUGCUGAGUUCAGUGAUCGUACCGCUGACGAUAAAGACUGUUUUACAGACGGCAGAAAUUGCACCAACGACUAUAAAGAUCACGUUAGCGAUCAGAACUGUGAAACGUUGUUCACUGGCCGUACGCCGGAAUAUAAAGACGGCGCUGCAGGUGUUAGCAGUCAAACCUCUGAUUAUAAAGAUAAAGUUACGGGGGUUGGCGAUUACACCACUGACUACAGACGUGGUGGUGAGAAGGUUAGUGAUCAGGCCGCUGAGCAUCGAGACCUCGCUGCAGACGUUAGCUGUCGCUCUGCUGAUUAUGGACGCGGUGAUACAGAGGUUCACAGUAACAACGCUGAUCGGGUUAAAGAUCGCGUUAAAGAGGUAAGUAGUUACCCUCGGCCUUGUGAUGCAGAGGUUAACGAUCGCACCGCUGACUAUCAGGAGUCGCUUCUGGAUGUUGACGACAGUCCAGACGAUUUUCAGGACUCCAUUACGGAUAUCAGGAACCGAGGUGCGAGUGUGUUGGACAUGCUGAACCUGGAGCACUGCCUGGUGGACGUGGUGCAGCCAAACAGGAGAGUCGAUGACGACAGCCGCAGGGCAGCGACUCCGCUCUCGGACACGCGGCUGCUGGAACUAGAGGACAGUCUGUUGGGGGAGGGGCAAGGGACGCUUGGGAAUGUUACCGUGGACCAGCAGGAGGCGGGGCUUGUGGAUCACAGGGACCAAUCAGAGGCGGAGAGAGAACAGGCUGAUGUGACGAGGGACUCUCGUGUUAGUGCAGAGAUGAGCCCUGAUGUAUAGAACUACACACACACACACACACACACACACACACACACACACAUUUUCAUACGAGACUUUGUCGAUCCAUGUUGAUUAGCAAACCUGUUUUGUUUUUUCUUAAAUUUUUUUGUCUUUUUCAUGUUUUGUUUAUUUUAAAAGUUAAGCCAAGUGUGCAGGAAACAUUAUGUUUUUUUUAUUAUUACUGUCACUAUUUUAGUAUUUAUAAUGUCUGUGAUCAAGUGAAUAAAAGAUAACCUGCUGUGCCACAACACACACAUCUACACACACAUCCACACACAUCUACACACACACAUCUACAUUACACAAUACACACUUGUCUGUCUGAAACUCAGGGAACUUGUGGCAAAUGUCCACUUCCUUAAUAACCACCAUGCCUCUUACACUGUGUGUGUGUGUGUGUGUGUGUGUGUGUGUGUGUGUGUGUGUGGGG